AUGAGCGCGCAAUCUCGCGACCAGCUGGACGACCUCGAGAGCCACCGUCUACGCCUCGAAGAGCAAAUCGCGAGGCUGCGCAAAUCGCUGCAGCACUGGCAAACAUGGGACGCCGAGUACGAGGGAUUGAAGGAGGAGAUCCAGGGAUUCAAGAAGACACCCGACGGGCCCGAUCCCACCGCUGCGGACAUGGUGCUUCUUGGCCGUAAAUUCGGCGGCCAGCUAGUCGACGAGAAGGAAAUCACCGAGCUGCUGGGCAAGGACUUGAACCGGAGCGCGAACCAGGUCAUCGACUUGAUUUCGCGGAGGCAGGAAUACGUGCAGAAGAAUGUGGACACUGUGCAGAAGCAAGUCGACGCUGCGGAGGACAAGCUGAACAAGGUCAUCAUCAUCAGCGAACCGAGCCUGGCAGAUGAGGAAGGAGGGCCGCUUAUGGAUAUUCGAGAAGAGCUGGAUGAGGAAGGAAAUGUUCUCUCCAGUUCCAUCUCCCAACCAGGACACCAAACGGCGCAGAUCAUGGACACUCUGAAAAAAGCUGGCAUCGAGCUGCCUGAAGAGGGGGGCGAGGGUUCGUCCAAGGCCGAAGGAAUAUCUGAUGCUGCCGAACCGACCACCGCUUCCGAUCAAUCAGGCUCAGAAGGAAAAAAGCAGGAUAAAGGAAAGGCACCCGUACGGGCUGAAAGCUCAUCACCGGCUGCCCCCCCACCACGUCGGAAGAAGUCCGUUGCCUUCGCUCCCGAUACGAAAGCGCCCGCUGGUUCCUCUGGCGUUCCCGAGGCGAGCGGUUCAAUCAGCGCACAUAUGAACUUCAAACCAGGCAGUCGUGUCGUUGAGCUGAACGACAAAGACGAGGUUGUCGGUGCUGAGGUCGCGGGCCCGCAAAACCCAGGCAUUCAGAAGCCCGUGAUCCCAGAGAACGAGUCUGAAGAGGAUGCUCAAAUGAGGCGUGAAAUGCUGGAAUAUCAUUUGAAUGAGGUUGGCCACGUCGUCGCGGAGCUGAACCUGGACGAAGGCGGCAGCGACGACGACGAAUACGACUAUGAAGAAGAGGACUCUGACAUUGAGGAGGUGGAAGAGGACGAGUGGGGCAGGAGCAGGCCCGUCAUCACUGAGGAAUACCUACAGAAGAUGAGGGAUCUAGAAAAGAAAUUGGACGCCCAGAUGAUCGAGAACCUCGGUCCAGCACCCGAAGAGGCAGACCUGAACAAUAUGCUGCAACAAGCCCAAGGCGUGCACAAGCUCGUCGUCCGGACGGACGAGCAAAUUCCUCCAGCGCUGCUUCCCAAGACAUCAACCAAGACCAAGCAGUCCACCAAGCCUCAGGACAAUGACAAGGCUGCAGAGCCUACCGCCGUCGAGACCGCUGCCACAUCCAACUGCACCUCCCCAUCCUCUUCAAAGGGCGUCCGCUUCGCCGACUCCGUCGACGUCUCACCGGCUCCCAAACCCGCCUCGGAACCUCUCCCUCCAAUCUCCACCGAGCCCCGCCCCAUCGCAGACGCCAUCAUCGAGCGCAGCACCGCCGUGUCCUCCGACACCACCCCUUCUACUCCUGUCCGCAAAGCCUCCCGCUUCAAAGCCGUGCGCGCCGCACUGCCCCAAACCCCCAUCGCCUCUUCCUUCCCCACCACAACCUUACCAAACCAAGAACAAACCCCCUCGGAACCUUCAGCAACCGACCCCGCCCCCUCCACUCCCACCCGCAAACCCUCUCGCUUCAAAACCGCGCGCGCCGCGCUCCCCCAAACCCCUCUCGCUUCCUCGUUCCCCAAGGACGACGACGAAGAAGAAGAAGAAGAAAAAGAAGAAGAAGAACAAGAAAACUCCCGCCCCCACCACCGCCCCACCCCCACCCGCCCCCCCAACGCAACCCUCGCCCCCACCGUCAUCGAGCGCGCCUCCGCCUCCUCCUCAUCCCCCACACCCGUAUCUGCACCUGACCCCGACGGCCUCGACCCCGCCACCCUCUCGCAGGAGGCGCUGACGGCGUACCACAAGCUGCGCGCCAAGAUGAUCCAGCGGCAGGACGGCGGCUUCGUGCGGCCGUCGCAGGAGGAGGAGGAGGAGGCGGCCGGCGCGGGCCCGCUCGUCGAGGAGCGCGAGGACGGGAGCGUGCGGCGGGUGAGCAGGUUCAGGGCGGCGAGGGUGAGGGCGGCGGAGCAGCAGCAGUAG